AUGGCCUGGAAAGCUGUGCCGGAACCAGAGCGCCGGGACAUCUAUGAGGACGUGAUUUUCAACCUGGCCAAGCGAGAGAAGGAGCAAGUGAAGCUGCAGAGGAAGCGAAACAUGAAGGUCCUCUCCUCCAUCCUGGACUCCAUGUAUUUGAUCAGGUUUUUCUCAUUUGUAGGGAUGGACAAGGAGGAUGCCCUAAUUGUAUUUGAAGACCACAUUCGCCAGCUGGAACAGGAGGAACAUGAGGAGAGGGAGCGGGAGAGAAAGAUCCAGAGACGACAACAGCGCAAGAAUCGGGACAAUUUUGUGACUUUACUGGAUGAUUUGCAUGAGCAAGGGAAGCUGACAUCGAUGUCCCUCUGGGUGGAACUCUUCCCGACCAUCUCAACUGACAUCCGUUUCUCAGCCAUGCUGGGUCAACCAGGAUCCACCCCAUUGGACCUCUUCAAAUUCUACGUGGAGGAGCUGAAAGCUCGAUUUCAU